AGAAGAAAAAAAUCCAGCGCUAUAGUGUAUUAAAUGAAAAAAUAAAUCAUUAAAAGCUUGGAUUUUAUUCUUGUUUGGUACAACCAAUGAUAAUAAGUGAGAAAAAGUAUUAAUUAGAGUUUGCUUCACGUUUGAGUUUCAAAAGUGUAACGACGCCAGGAGAAUUUUAUAGGGUCGCAAGUGUCAGCUUUGGAUAUUUGUCUUCGCUGCAACUAUUGACCUUUUUCGCAUUCAGCGAAUCAGAUCGCUAUAGUACAGUGCACCCUACCGUCUCUGAUCACCGCACCGUCUCAAUUAGAUCCGACCCGAAACGGAUCCUUCUUUGAAACUUCGCUGUGAGAUUCGCAUUCCUCUGUUCUACCAUUUAACAAUUAUCCUCUUCUUCGUCUUCGCCAACUUCUUGCGCUCUUCAUACUUCUCCAGUUUGUCUUGAGGUUUAUCUGGAAUAAGAUGGAAGUUUGCGGGGAUCUGAAUUCUGAUAACUUAAAGAACCGCCCCUUGACUCCGCUUAGGAUUCUGAGGGGCUUGAUGAUUCUACUGGUGUUUGUCGCUACUGCUUUUAUGUUCCUGCUGUACUUUGCACCAAUAGCUGCUCUAGGUCUACGGCUUCUGAGUGUGCAUCAAUCUAGGAGAGUUAUUUCGUUAAUCUUUGGUCUCUGGUUAGCUUUGUGGCCUUACCUGUUUGAAACGGUUAAUGGGACAACCGUGUUGUUCUCUGGAGACAUCAUUCCGGUUGAGAAACGUGUUUUGCUUAUUGCAAAUCACAGGACGGAGGUGGAUUGGAUGUAUUUGUGGAAUAUUGCCUUAAGAAAAGGGUGCCUUGGUUACAUCAAAUACGUGCUCAAGAGCAGCUUGAUGAGGUUACCUAUUUUUGGCUGGGGUUUUCAUGUUUUGGAGUUUAUACCAGUGGAGAGGAAGCGGGAGGUCGACGAACCUGUUUUGCUUCAAAUGCUUUCAUCGUUUAAGGAUCCUCAAGAACCCUUAUGGCUUGCUCUAUUCCCGGAAGGAACCGAUUUCACUGAAGAGAAAUGCAAGAGAAGCCAAAAGUUUGCAGCUGAAGUUGGUCUUCCAGCACUAUCAAACGUACUUCUACCAAAAACAAGGGGUUUUGGCGUUUGCUUAGAAGUUCUUCAUAACUCUUUGGAUGCAGUAUAUGAUUUGACUAUCGCAUAUAAACCUCGUUGCCCAUCUUUCAUGGACAAUGUAUUCGGGACGGAUCCUUCAGAAUUGAAGGACAAGCUGCUAUCCGAUUUCAAUGCUCAGGGGCAAUUCCCAAAUCAAAGACCAGAAGAAGAACUCUCUGUUCUGAAGUGCAUCGCAACAUUUGCUGGGGUGCAAAUGAGAUCAGGUGGCAUUGCUGAUUCCGCCACCGUGUUCACUUUACAGAACAGUUGUCCUUACACCGUCUGGCCAGGAACUCUCUCCGGCAACAGCGUCACCCUCGGCGACGGCGGAUUUACCUUGACUCCAGGCGCUUCCGUACAGCUCACGGCUCCUACGGGAUGGUCAGGCCGGUUCUGGGCUCGUACCGGCUGCAACUUUGACGCCUCCGGCCACGGUACCUGCGUCACCGGAGACUGCGGAGGCGUUUUAAAAUGUACCGGCGGCGGAGUUCCUCCAGCGACUCUAGCCGAAUUCACCGUCGGAUCAAGCAAUGCCGGCAUGGAUUUCUACGACGUGAGCCUUGUCGACGGAUACAAUGUCAAGAUGGGGAUAAAACCACAAGGAGGAUUCGGAAAUUGCAAAUACGCAGGCUGCGUCUCCGACAUCAACGAGAUUUGCCCUAGCGAGCUUAGGAUCAUGGAUCCGAAUUCGGGAAGUAUCGCGGCGUGUAAAAGCGCUUGCGCGGCUUUUAAUUCGCCGGAAUUUUGCUGUACUGGUGCUCACGCGACGCCGCAAACUUGUUCUCCGACGUAUUACUCGUCGAUGUUUAAGAACGCUUGCCCUAGCGCUUAUAGUUACGCUUACGACGACGCUUCGAGCACUUUCACUUGUACCGGAUCUAACUACUUGAUCACUUUCUGCCCUACCCAGUCUUAAUUAAAACCGGAGCUCCGGUUUAGAUUUGGGUUGGGUUUCUCUCUCUCACGUUUCUUUUGCUUGUUAUGUACGGAAAGAGAAAUAAAGAAAAGAUAAUAAG